AAGGAGGAGCCACAACCCGCUCAGACUCCCUCAGAAUCCGUAGAGAACCGGCCGAAGAUCUUCCAGGGAGACAGAAUUCACGAACAAAUUCCGAAGCAUCUGUUUAUUUUGACGUCGGAGGAGAGGAAGCAGCCAUCAUUUCCCUCAGAGUACACCGCUUCCUCAAAGACAACCUAUUUUCCAUUACUGAAGGAAAUUGAUACAAAUUUCAGGCCCUCAUUAACUUUUCCUUUCCUAGAAGUAUCAAUAGAAGAGCCUCAUAGUUCCAUGACAUUUCUUAAGCCUCGGACACCCGUGGCAACCUCGAUCCCUGACACGCAGCCCCUUCGCUACGUGGCGUCCGCUUCUGAUGUCUUUACCGUUAAGCCGCUCAGAUUAGAUUCUGGCAUUUUUUUACAUAACGUUGCUUUCCGAAAUUCGAAGGCUGACCAACACCCAAGCAAGACUCCAGUACCAAAAAUUGUGGGACUCAAUGAGGAGAAAGAGAACCCUGAAAAUUACAAACCUCAAAAGCCUGUAUCUGAUAGGAAAACCUUUCGGUUUGACCAAGAAUUUUUAGCUCUUCUAAGAAAUUAUAAUUCAACGGAGAGAGAUGAAGACAACAAAGCGGAGCCUUCCUCUGCAGCUAACUUCUGGUCCGGCCACCAGGGUGAGAACCCAGCAGACAACCAGGGUGAGGGCCCAGCAGACAACCGGGGUGAGGGCCCAGCAGACAACCAGGGUGAGGGCCCAGCAGACAACCAGGGUGAGGGCCUAGCAGACAACCAGGGUGAGGGCCCAGCAGACAACCGGGGUGAGGGCCCAGCAGACAACCGGGGUGAGGGUCCAGCAGACAACCGGGGUGAGGGCCUAGCAGACAACCGGGGUGAGGGCCCAGCAGACAGUGUCUGGCGCCUGAAGGGUGCUGCUCGAUCUUCCUCCACAACGAACUCAGCCAAGGAGGACGCAUUGCUUCACGACCGUCUGCUGAACUUGCGAGGUGGCUUUGCAGAAUCACUUCGUGGCCUGAUGGCACCUGCAACUAAGAGCGUGAGUCUAACAACUCUUGCAAGAGUAGCUGAAGCUCCGCGAAUAAUAUCAGUUGGAGAGGUGGGAGAAUUGCCCCAUCAAGCACUCCAGCAGCCAUUGUUAGCCGCUCUCAAACAGGGCAGCCAAAGUCUUCACGUCAGCACUUGGGUGUCUGCCUGUCCCAAACUUUAUGACAAGGUGGAGCUCAACUGUGCCAUCCACCGGGACGCUCUCGUUGCUACUGCUCUUAAAAUGAUGUGGAAGAAGAGGACGUACUUGGAUGGUCAUGUGGAGGAGCAGGUGCUGGCCGAGGACGACCUCCUAAAGGUAGAGGACCCACGCAUCUUCCUGAAGCAGCGCCACGACCAGUACCAACUGGUCAUCAACGACUUUCGGUCCAGGGACUGUGGGUCGUACAUGUGCGAGGCGCGAGCUGGCGGCCGCGUUGCAGCCUCCCACCUGCUGCUCUUCACCUGCCUGUAGUACCCCCCCUCCCCCCCGGCUCUCCUCCCGGGAGAUCCGCCCCGUCUGUGUACUCACUUAGUUGUACUCACCUAU